AUGAUAAAAGCUAUCAUUGCCAAGUCAACCUGGAAGGCGAACCCAUCAGCACCACAUACGAGGAUAAAACCUAUCCUCAACCUCACCUCUACAAUCCUUCCUUCACAAUCACGUUCACCAAUGACCCCCACCCCCGCAACCCCACCUCAUGUUCAGCGCCGUGCUGGUUUGGCCAACGGGGAGACGUAUCCAGAGAACGUGGGAUACGUUCUCCCUGAAGGCGGAAUGUUCUUCAUGAUGGAAAUGCAUUACGAUAAUCCUGAAGGGGUGUCAGGCAUCCAGGAUGAUUCCGGUCUCACCGUCUACUACACGGACGUCCUUCGACCCCUGGAGAUGGCCACGCUGGAAGUCGGCUCCAACCUCCAUCCCGCAUCGAUAACUCCUGGAAGACAAAGCCAUUUCAUGAAUGUCGGCCUCUGUAACUCCAAGUGUACCGAAAUCGCCUUCCCUCCUGAAGGGAUUCACAUAUUCUCCGGCUUUCUCCAUUCUCAUUUGCUCGGAAGGAAAAUGCGAGUCCGGGUGUUCCGAAACGGCGAGGAAUUGCCCUGGCUGCAAAAUGACGACAAUUAUGACUUCGAUUAUCAACAGGUCCGAGUCUUUCGGGAACACAUCACCCUUUAUCCUGGAGAUCAACUCAUCAUGGAAUGCGACUAUGAUUCGUCGAAUCGGGAUUCGGUGACCGUGAGUGGUUUCGGAACAAUGGAAGAGAUGUGUCUGGCUUUCUUCCAAUAUUACCCUGCUGUGAAUUUUGCUGCCUGCUUGAGUCUCCCCCAUUUCGAGAGCAUCUUUUCUAUGUUCGGCAUCACUGACGUCUGGCUCGACCCGAAUGGAGGCUAUGAAUACAUGGUGUCGGAGGACCAGACCCUGGUGGACUAUCUGAACGAGUUUGACUGGUCGGGCGUCGACAUGGAAGGCUUCCAACAUCUCAUGCGUUACGAUCCUCAUUAUACGCGAUGCUUCAACAAUCAGGGGGAACUCCUUCUCCCUUGGAAUCAGACGACGAGCUAUCCCGAAGGCGUGGACUCCUGGAUGCCUCCCGGACGAGAAUGUCCAUCUGGCAAAUGAAACUUUUCCCCUGUCCUCUCUUGUUUGAAGAAAAAUUUUCAUGCCCGCAAUUUCGCUUGCCUUUCCUUUCCUUUGCAUGCGCAU